AUGACUCUAUUAAACCUAUCCAAUGUUGUGGAUCAGCUUGGUGUGUCCGUAUCAAGUCUCAUUGCUCGUCGGAACUUAUUAUCAUUUUCCAUAAAUCAGCUCGAGUUACUAAGGGACACAUGUAAAAAGAUUUCUAGAAUUGAUUCUUUUGAUUCAAACUAUCCUAAAAAUCAAAUUUUAACUGACUUUUUAAGGAAUGGAUCUAGGGUUUUGGAGGAAUCCAUCACUUUGAGGACUAAUAUUUUUUCAAACAACGACCUUCCUCUAUUCAAUCGUAAAAUUUCAAAUUCUGAAAAAUUUCGAUACCGACACAAUCCCACAGAUCUUGUUUCAAACCAACUUCCUCAAAAUAGCAUUAGUGAUUUUAAUAAAUUUGACCAUGUUUUGAACGACACAUUGAUCAGUUUUAUCACUAUUCUUGGAAAUUCAGGAUUAUUUUUGAAUAGCUUAGACUUUCUCAGGUCGAUUUUAUCUGAAAUAAGGAUCGAUUCCUCAAAUUAUUCAGGCCUGGUUUGCACUGUGGGAAUAAUUAACAAGUGUGAUUUGUUUAGAUACAAGGACUUUCUCAACUUCACUAGGCGGAUUUUUUCCAAAUUUACCAGGAAUUACAAGAUUUUAAAUUACAUUAAUGACCUAGAUAUCACCCUAUUGCUCUUCCACAAAAUCUCAAUGCUGUAUAUGUCCCAAGCUUUAUUACCAAAUAAUGAUAUUUCUACUCAGGAUGAAACAGAAUUGUUACAUCUGCUAGUCACGAGUCUUGAAAAAGUCCUAGAAAUUUCAAAAUUCAGAGAUGGCAGUUCUUCCAGCGUUUCCAUGAAAUCCAUCAACAACCUUAUUCAGUCGAUUUUUUUACUCUAUGAUUACGACAAAAUGUUAGUAUGUAAAUUAUCCCUGGAUAAAUUGUAUAAAAUCAAUAGAAUUUUAAGUAUAAACUCAGAUUCUCAUUAUGCCACCUCUAAUUUUGACAGCCCAGAACAGAAAACAGAAUCUGGAUCUACCUCAUCUACCACCUCAAUCCAAAUUAAGAACACGAGUGACUUACACCUAAAAGUAAAAACAGUCCUAGAUAACAUCUCUAUCGCAAACAAUAGUUAUAAAGACGUUGAAAAUAUUCUAAAGAAUAAAAAAAUAUUAAAUGAAAUUAGGAUAGGCUCGAGUUUAUAUUUCGUCGACUUACUAAUUAAUUAG